AAAGAAAAAUAAAUUCCAAUAGUAAAGCAAUUGCGAAUUUUUUUCUUGUUGGAAUAUCUGAAAAGUGUUUUUAAAAAUACAUUCAUAAUUGUACAUCAAUUAAACAGUAUUUAAGUGAACAAUGGUGAUGUAAAAGUCCAAUAUAGUUUUUACGCAGUGCUGUGAAAAUCUUUGUUUAAGAAGCACACAACGUAAAAGGAGUACAAGACAGAAGUAAAAGGCAGGAGGCUAGUUAAUGAGCAAAUUGAAUCAUAGAUUGGAAAGCCUAUCAAAAUCAAUUAAACACGAUGGAAGAAAAACGGAUUGCUGACUAUUUUGUAGUCGCUGGUAUGCCAGAUCAUCCUCAACUGUUACAGGAAAAUAUUUUUAGCGAAUCCGGACAUUUGCGGGCCGCAAACACAAUAGAACCCAUCACAGAUAUUGGUGUAUAUUUUCCCUUACUGGAUGAAGAAGUGCCAGAAGGUUUUGAAGUAUUGGAGGCGACACCGACCGGAAUACCUGCGAAUCUCAAUCAUGGAUCCAUGCGUACAACAGAGUGUUACAUAUACUAUAGGCGUGGAAAAGAUCGACCACCGCUCGUAGAUAUAGGUGUAUUAUAUGAUGGGCAAGAACGCAUUAUGUCGGAUGCUAAAAUUGUCACCGAAACACCAGGCGGUCGUAUAGCAAAUGUCAAUAAUUCUUCAUCGAAAACAUUUCUUACCUACCGACGUGCUCGUCCUGAUAUGCCGUGCAACGAACUCGUGGUCACCGAUUUGUGUGUGAUUGUGCAAAGUAAAGGUGAAAGACCACCACAUGCAUUCUGCCUUAUCUACAAAACGCUCAAUAGGGGCUAUAUGGGCAGUGAUGUUUAUUUAUGCUACAAGAAAUCCAUGUACCGUCCAAAAUUAAUCAGUUAUCAGCCGGAAAUAUUGUUACGUUACCCAACUGUAGAUCAUAAUGACUUUCCUUUAAAUUUGUGCCCAAGUGUGCCGUUGUUUUGUCUGCCUAUGGGUGCCUCUUUGGAGGCGUGGCCACAUGUGAGCGAAGUUGAAAAACGUAAACCCACAAGUCCGGUUUUCAGUACAUUUGUACUAACCGUUAAUGAUGGCACUUAUAAAGUUUAUGGAUCUGCGUUAACAUUCUAUGAAGAUUUUGAGGAAUCGGCGUUAACUGAGCAACAACAAGAACUUUUAAGUUGGAAUGAAGAGUUUGCUAAACAACAUUCAUUGCAUAUAAUUAAAUCGAUAUGCCUUUUAUCCCAUUAUCCAUUUGGUGAUACCUUCGACAGAUGGCUGCGUUACUUGCAUGACUUGGCGGUGCAUGGUGUGGAUUUGCCCGUUUCUAUUGAACGUUAUAUAACGCAAUUACUGGAUGAAGUGCCAUUUCCAGCGCCCAGCAUACAUUUACAACUUUCAAACGAACCUAAACAUCGUAUUUUGCUUACGCAACCGGAAGACUCGCCUUUACCACGUAGCGGUGCUGGCUUUCAUAUGCUUCUACAGAAUUUGGGCACAGAUAAUUGCCUGCAUGUGAUGCUCCUUGCUUUGACUGAGCAAAAAAUUUUAAUACACUCAUUGAGACCCGCCACGCUAACAGCAGUUGGUGAAGCUAUUGUUUCGCUUCUCUUUCCAUUCAAAUGGCAAUGUCCUUAUAUUCCACUCUGCCCAUUAGGUUUGGCGGAAGUCUUACAUGCACCAUUACCCUACUUAAUUGGUGUAGAUUCACGUUUUUUCGAUUUAUAUGAGCCACCACAAGAUGUUACUUGUAUCGACUUGGAUACAAAUACGAUCAGCUUGUGUGAAUCACAAAAACAUUUGACGAUAAAACUUUUGCCUAAACGUGCUGCGCGUAUUUUACGACAAACACUCAACGAAUUAGAAGCACUGAAGACAACACACAUCGAAUCAACCAAUAGCCUUGAUAGGGAUCUAAGAAAACGAAAGCGCGAGCAAGACCUCGAACAACGAAUACAGGAGGCCUUUUUGCUUUUCAUGGCAUCAAUUUUACGCGGUUAUCGCGACUACUUAACGCCCAUAUCAAAGGCGCCUUCUGUCGGCGCCACCGAUCCAAGUGCCUUAUUUCAACUGAAGGCUUUCUUACGAUCACGCGAUAAGGCACAUCAGAAAUUCUUUGAGCUUCUCAUGAAAACACAAAUGUUUAUACGUUUUAUUGAAGAACGUUCUUUUGUUUCUGACGGUGAUCAUGGUUUGACAUUUUUUGAUGAGUGUGCCGAGAAGGUCGGCGCAUACGAUGAUACACCAACUGACUUGCGUUUGGUCGACUGGGAGUCGGGGCAAAAUAGUGAACGUACUAAAUAUAUAUUUCCACCGGAUAGUGUAGGGCCUAAGCAAGAUACUUCUGGCAUGGUAUAUAACUACGCCAAUUUCACACUUAAUCCCAUCCUCUUGAAAUCAUCGAAAAAGACUGCCUUAACGAAUUUUCUACAACAACAAUUGAAUGGUUCACUGGCGCCUGGUUCACCAAUAGCACGCCGCACAAAACACGAAAUUAAAUUGUCACAGAAAAUGGCACGGCGUUGUCAACUACAUCCGGAGGCAUGGUCGAAAUAUUUACUAGCCACAUGUUAUUCAAUUUACUUCCUCAUAUUGCCGUCCAUGGUGAAUGAGACGCGCCAGGCGAAUAAAGAACAUGAUACACUACGCGCCGCUUACGAUAUGCUGGUGCGCGCCUCUAAGCUUAAAAUAACAUGUGAUGAAUUUUGCUAUCGCAUCAUGAUGCAGUUAUGUGGCAUACACAAUUUACCCGUUCUGGCGGUGCGUCUGCAUUAUUUGAUGAAACGCUCUGGCGUACAACCGAACGCACUGACAUACGGCUUUUACAAUCGUUGCGUACUCGAAUCGGAAUGGCCUAGCGAUAGCACCACAGUUAGCCAAUUGCGUUGGACUCGCAUUAAAAAUGUAGUACUCGGUGCAGCGCACUUUCGGCGUGCCGGCAAACGACAUGCCGCCAAAAAGCCACUUUCCGCAUCAUACGAAAAUAAUCUAAGCACGCUGGAAACAGUAGAUGGCACUUCACGGACAAGCCUCGACUCAUCGGCAUCCUCACAUCCCGAACGUGGCGCGGGUGAUGCGCAUGCCACUUUACUCGAUUUCUCAGCAUUCGAUAAAUUACGCAGUAAAUUAGGUAGUAUUGUGCGACAGUCGGCGUUGGCCAUGGGCGCGCAAGAUCCAUCAGGUGAUGUGAUUAGCUCUACAGCUGGUCUACUCAUAUCUGGCGAGAGCAAGACCUGUGCAAGUACGUCGGUUGAAAACCCAGGCAACGAGCAUAGUCCAGCGCCAACAACCACUUCAUCACCGCACACACCAAAUAGCCCACACAGUCCCGGCUGUGAUUUGACUGUAGUUGGCGCAGGCGGUAAACUGCAGUUAACGAAAACCGAAAGUUUCGGUGGCGAUGCGCAGCUGCUGAACAAAUUACAACGCAAACAAUCGCUGCCCAGUGAAGUUGGCGGACAACGCUAUAAAAUAAUGAAUAUAGGUGAUGGCGAAGAUGAAGUUUGCGAUGGAUUGACGUUGAAGGAAAAUGAAAUGGAACAUGAAAUAGCCAGCUCCCAAGAAGAGCUCGACUAUAUGACGGAAAACGCGAUGGAUUUGAGGGAGGAGCAGUUACAUAAUUUGCAGAGUCCAACAAAACUUUCACCACGCACGCCGGUCACACAAAACGAUCCGCUCGGCGCUUUAAACGAAGAGCUACAAGAUCAAACAACGCCCACAAACACCAAAGAGCAAGUGGCAAGCGUACAAAAUGUUGUUGGUCAUACUAACAGUAUUUUGUAUACUGAUAAGCCUAUAUUAUUUAAGGGUCAACGCAGCGCCACUUUCGAUGAAUCAACACAUUUGAAUAAAAGCAUGCAACGUUCGGAGACAAUGCCUGGUACAAGCGUCGCCUCGAGCUUAGCUAAUUUCGGUUCAUCUAUUAAAUUUAAUAUCGGACGUUAUUCACCUGCACGAUUCUCAUUUAAGAAAGACAGUUUCAAGCCCAACAUUAUUAUAGAAAAUAUUUCGAGUAUAAGUCCAAGCUUAACCAGCAAAAAAUCGAAUGAGAUCAUACAGGGUAGCUUGAGUAGCAUUAAAUAUGCUGCCAACUCGUUGACGCGUAAAUUCGAUGAGAUUAAAGGCGCAUUUUCAGCGCAAACAACGCCGGUGAAGACACCGGGCAGCGUUGCUCACAACGAGGGCACCGGUGAAGAGGAUAUGAUUAGUCAUGAGGAUGGCACGUUGAAAAUGCGUCGUGUGUCGAGCGAUUUAGACCCAUGGGGCAGGUUGAGUGAGUCACGCAAGUCGAGCUAUAAUAAUUUGGUGCCGCUCGGUGAAAAUACGUCAGCGUUGAAUUUAAGCGCAUUUCCAGUAUUACCGGAAAAUUUGUAUACACCAUUGGCGGAUACGGUGGAACGUCCCGAAUGUGAUAUACUCAUACAAAUAACAUCCUGUUCAAAAUGCCACAAUUGUUCAGUGUUACUCUACGACGAAGAGAUUAUGUCCGGUUGGUCAGCGGAAGAUUCCAAUUUGAAUGCAACCUGUCACGCAUGCCAUCGCUUAACUGUGCCAUUCUUGAGUGUACAAAUUAUUGUUGACGACUCUUUAAAGGCACUCAAGCAAUCGGACAGUUUAACAAUUCCAUAUCUAAAUCCACUCGUAUUGCGUAAAGAACUCGAAAAUAUACUUACACAAGAGGGUGAUAUUGCAUUGGUAAAGCCAACAUUUGUAGAAGAGCAUCCAAUUAUUUAUUGGAACCUAUUGUGGAUUAUGGAACGUAUUGAGAGUAAAACACAUCUACCGGAACUAUGUCUGCCGGUGCCGGCGGAAAGUGGACCACUGAGUGAAGUGAAGACUGUAAGCAUACAAUGCUUAUGGGAUAAUUUAAGCCUACACAGCGAGGCUGGACCGCCCAUGUAUAUACUCUAUAAACAAAAUCAACCAGCCAGUCCAUUGUUGAAGGCGCUGCUCACCGAUCAAGCGCAUUUGAAUAAGAACGUCAUACAACAAAUCAUUUCCUCUAUACGUUGCAAUGAUCUCUUAACGCCCGUCAAACGCUUGGCCAACGAACGCCACAAGCUGCAAAAUAACGGCGUCGAUCGUACACACUCCAUCUAUCGUGAUAUACUCUUUUUAGCGCUAACCGCCAUCGGUCGCUCCAAUGUCGAUUUGGCGACAUUUCAUCGUGAAUAUGCGGCAAUAUUCGAUAAGUUGACCGAGAAGGAGUGUAAUAUGUAUUAUCGCAAUCAAGAUUUUCCGCCAUCGGCGGCUACAAUCUUCUGUCGAGCUUAUUUCAAACCAUUAUUGUUGCCUUGACGUGAAGUGAAUUAUUUGCAGCAUGACUUUCACAACAACAGCAAGAACGGCACGAAGACGUUAAAGGCAAAUACGAAUAGAAUGGAGAAUGAUGCAGCAACUGCAACAACAACGGACGUUUUCAGUGAUGCGGCCAAUAAUGCAGCGUAAUUCAUAAUUACAUUACAUUUCACAUACCGAAUUUGGAAUGGCGCGUUUGAGUGUAGUUGCGAAUUUGUAAUUUAAUCAUUAUUACUAUAGCGUAACUCGAAAGUAAAGGGAAAAAGAACGAAAAAGUAAGAUACACCUGCUGCGCAAGCACAUGAAAUCACGAAGAUUCGUUUCUUAUUAACAUUUCCAAAUCAUAGUGGUAUGAAGUGCGGGUAUGAAUGUGUAUAUUUUCUUAUAUUACAAUUUUAAUGAAAAACUUUUAAAUGCUAGGUUAUGGUUAACUUCAGGAAGUUAUGUUACAUAAAUCCGUUUUAGUUGUUUAUCUUUGCUUUAAAUGUUAUGCAAGUUAAUUAAUAUGUUUUUUUGUUUAUUUUUCGAAAACGCUUAGCGUUCUUUACUUUCUUAAAAUGACACAAAAAGACAAUAUUAAAUAAAAAUAAUAUUUUUUUUUUUAUAUAUUUC